CUCUCCCUCUCUCCCUCUCUCCCUCUCUCCCUUUCUCUCUGAAAUAAAAAAUAAAAAAAAGAGCCAGCGGUUCCUGGGCUGAGAGACUAGUGGACUGCGGAGGUGUUUGUCCAAAUGGGGUCUUGCAUGCCACAUGGGACUGACAUGGUGUGAGCUCUGUGUGGAGUGCCUAGUGGAUUCCUGGAGCUCUGGGUGCUUUAGGGAGCUGGGCAGAGCCCAGAGAGCCUGUGGUGGCGCAGACCCUCCGCUGUGGGCCAGUGAGGACGUUGGUUUACGGGGGAAGUAACUGGGGGUGGGGCUCAUUUCUUUAUGUACUCCUUCAUUUUGUUCCUACUUCUCUUUUAGUUGAGCGACUUAUGCAUAACCAGGGCCAGGUGCACCCCAUAAGAUGUGCACAGUCCUAUAUGCAGGCUGGGGGUGGCAGCCCCCAGACUCAGGUCCACCUCCCUGUGGGCCACCCCACGAGGGUUUCCCUGCCCCUGCUUGAGGUGUGGGUGGAGGGUGGCCCUCGCUCCUUCCCCCUCCACGGUUCCGAUUAAGGUGCCUUAGUGAGGGAUCCAAAGCCUCUGGUAUGGGUUCUUCACUCCCUCGACCCCCAGGGCCCCCUUUGCCCCACUGACAGAGAAGGAAAGCCUUAGGCAGAGUGGUUUUUGUGGGAGAGAGGAUUGAGAAUGGGCGCCUGGGCUCGGGGCAAGGGUUCAACUGCCCCUUGCGGCCGAAGCCCGGAGAGGAGGGGCACUCUAGUAAAGUUUGUUUUGGCUGGGUAAGAGCAGAGCUGAUUAUAAUGAUCCGUGGCAACCAUUUACCAUUUAGUCUAAUUUUUCACACAGCAUAUAAUUACGCCCACCCCCACCUGUGUGUCAGAUGGGCUUGUGUGCGUUUUAUGUGACUGUAAUUUGUUAGUCGGUUCCGUGUGUGCAGCCCUGGUAGGCGUCUGAGGCUGGGCUGGCGGCUCCUGACCCCGGGCGUGUGGGGUUAGGAGGGUCACCUCCCGGCACCUCCCUGUGAUGUGGCCUGCAGAGUGACUGCGCGCCGCGGGCCCGUCCUGUGGAAAGUGAGGGUUUUGGGAGCCGGGAGCAUGAGUCACCACAGUAAAUGCAAACCAUAUGUUCUGUGUUUUCUGCUCGGCAGAAAGGGUUUCUGGUAACGCACUGGGGCCAGGGCUCUGAGUGGAGCUUUGUUUAUGCCACGUAAAAAUCCCAAGAAUGUGGGUGAACCUGUCUGAGAGCUGAUCAGAACCCAAUUUCAUGGAAUAGAACACUUAGCCAAGUCACUGGUGGAGUCCCAGGCUGCUUGGUGGUUGUGACGUAGGUGUGUGCACAAGCUGACACUGACAUUUGAGUUUGGAGGAGGGGAGAGAAACGGUAACGUUGAUGGUUUCAGUUUCUUGAAACAUAAUGUAAUGACUUUACCGUCUCAGGGAGAGCACAGCAGCUUCAUUCUUUUCUACUCAGAUUCCUCAGGAGGGAAUUCAACGUGGUUCUCUGGAAAUUCCCCUUGGGAAGACGAGGUGUCUGCUACCCUUUGGCUUCUCCACACUUUUCUUCCCAAGUCUGUCCCCUGGAGAGGACCUUACCUUACUUUCAUAUCUUUGAUGCCAUUUGAGUUUAUUUUUUAAAAUAUGAUGAUCAAUGGAGGGUCUUCAGGUUUUCAAGUGAAUGAAAAAGCAGUCAAAUCAUCAUCAUAAGGAAAAUAUCAAAAGUAUGCCUGCCAGUGAGGCGCUAAAAAACCUGAGCAACGACCCCCAAAUGGCUAACAUUCCUCACCGAUUCAUAAGCUGCUCCCUGGACGGGCUGACCCACGAGGCCCACAGGAAAGAGGUGGAGCAGGUGUACCUGCGCUGCUCGGCGGGCACCGUGGAGUGGAUGUACCCGACAGGCGCUCUCAGCGUCAACCUGCGGCCCAACGUUGUCUCGCCCUCCCGCCCCCUGACUCUGUGCAUCAAGCCCCUUGGGGACGCCUCUGGGGCCAAUAUUUAUUUGGAGAAAACUGGAGCGCUGAACCUGCUGUUCCGGGACGGGGACCAUGGGCCUGGCCAGGUGCGCUGCUUCGGCUUCCAGCAGGGCAGCCUGUUCGUGGAGGCGACGCCCCAGCAGGACAUCCGCCGGAGGACCACGGGCUUCCAGUACGAGCUGAGCAGCCGGCCCACCGGCUUGGAUCUGCACGCUCUGUCAGCUCCCUGCCGGCCCUGCAGUGACACCGAGGUGCUCCUGGCAGUCUGCACCAGUGACUUCGUGGUCCGAGGAGCCAUCCAGGACGUCACCCACGCCCCUGAGCGGCAGGAGUCGGCCAUCCACCUGCACGUGAGCCGCAUCUACCGGCAGAAGAGCAGGGUGUUCCGUGCGGCGCCCGGGGGCGGCUGGCGGGGCCGCAUCUCCACGUUGCUGGCCUGCGGCGUCCGGCCCGGGCGUGGCGAGUUCCUCUUCACGGGACACAUGCACUUUGGGGAGGCCCGGCUCGGCUGCGCCCCACGCCUAGAGGACUUCCAGCGGAUGUACCAGGACGCAGAGGCGCGGGGGCUGAACCCCUGUGAGAUGGCUGUGGAGUGAUAGCGGGGUGGCUGCGGGGUGACCGAAUUAUUGGGGUGGGCGCCUGGCGACCAUGUGUGGAGUCCGAUGCACGAGGUUCCAGCCAAGGAGACCCCAACCAAUUGGUUGGAAAUGCUGUAAAAUGCAAACUAAGUUAUUAUAUUUUUUUUAAAAAAAGAAAUGCCCAUA